GCGGCGCAGGCUGGGUGCGGAAGUCAGGCUGCAGUAGCCUCUGCAAUGUUGUAGGCGGUGCCCGGCUGAUCGUUGCACCGCAGUGCGGACGCACAAUGUAUCUCCUGCUGGCGUUCCUCAGCCUGAUCCCGCGGGCGCCUUGCCUGGGGGAGCUGAAGGCUUUUGUGGUCGCUCACAGCCACAUGGACGUUGGCUGGGUUUACACCGUGCAGGAAAGCAUGCAUGCCUAUGCGGCCAAUGUUUAUACUUCUGUUGUAGAAGAACUAAUGAAAGGAAAGCAACGCAAAUUUAUUGCUGUGGAGCAGGAAUUCUUUCGCCUCUGGUGGGACACCGUAGCCACAGAUAUACAUAAACAGCAGGUACAUCAGUUACUUCAAGAAGGGCGACUAGAAUUCAUAAUUGGAGGUCAGGUGAUGCAUGAUGAAGCUGUGACACAUAUCAAUGACCAAAUUUUACAGUUAACAGAGGGUCAUGGAUUUUUGUAUGAAACCUUUGGGAUGAGGCCUCGAUUUUCUUGGCAUGUAGAUCCCUUUGGAGCUUCUGCUACUACACCUACUCUUUUUGCUCUGGCUGGAUUUAAUGCCCACCUUAUCUCUCGCAUUGACUAUGAUCUGAAGGACGACAUGCAGAAAACCAAGAAGCUUCAGUUCGUGUGGAGGGGCUCUCCCUCUUUAUCUGAAAACCAUGAGAUCUUCACUCAUGUUAUGGACCAGUACAGCUACUGCACACCAUCGCAAAUACCCUUUUCAAACAGGUCCGGCUUCUAUUGGAAUGGAAUUGCAGUUUUCCCAGAUCCACCAAAAGACGGUGUUUACCCCAACAUGAGUGUCCCCUUACCGAUGCCAACCAUUCAUCUUUAUGCACAGUCCAUGGUGGCAAACAUUAAAAAGAGGGCAGCCUGGUUCCGAACUGAUGAUGUCCUAUGGCCAUGGGGUUGUGACAAACAGUUCUUUAAUGCAUCAGUUCAGUACUCCAACAUGGACCCAUUAUUAGAUUAUAUUAACAAGCAUGCUGAUCAAUUUGGAGUGACCGUCCAGUAUUCCACUGUCAGUGAUUACUUCCAGGCAUUGUAUAACAGAAACCUCACAUGGGACAUUCAGAAUUUUCAAGACUUUCUUCCGUAUUCAACAGAACCAUUUCAAGCGUGGAGUGGGUUUUAUACUUCCCGCAGUGUUUUAAAAGGAAUUGCACGAAGAGCAAGUUCACUUCUCUGCGCUGGAGAGUCAUUUUUCACACAGUAUGUUCAGAAAUACCCAGCAGGUUCUGUUUGUAAAUUCUGGGCCUUACAGCAGCUCCGCAGUCUUAGAUGGGCAGUCUCUGAGGUUCAGCACCAUGAUGGUAUAACAGGGACAGAAUCCCCCAAGGUGAAGGACAUGUAUAUGAAUCACUUGAUGGAUGGAAUAGUUAAUGUGAAGAAACUGAUGGCAUCCAUAAUUUUAGACACAGACAAUGCCAAGAAGAAUGGAAAACUCUAUUCUUAUGUUUACAAUAAAGACACAGGAAAACGAGGUACAAGGAAUGUUGAACAAUACAUUAUUGUCUAUAAUCCCCUGGCAUGGAACAUCACUACCUUUGUCGUUGUUGCUAUGAGCUACUCAGCAGUCAGUGUGUAUGAUGAAUUGGGACAUCCUGUACCGGCACAGAUCCAGGGCUCAGCCGAAUCCCCCUUUACCUAUGAUUUGUAUAUUCUUGUCACACUAAGUGGUCUCAGUUACCAAAGAUACAGUGUUAAGUUAUCAGCUGACAAUGAAUCUGCAUUCAUUGCGAGAUCAGUUAAAUAUGGACGAAAAGUCAUAAAGCAUGCUGAUCGUCAGAGUAGACGUCUGAUUCCUGUGCUUAACGACUGCUACACAGUGAUGUUGGACCAAAAUACUAAUCUAAUGCACAGCAUUACUGACAGGAAGACUAACCAAACUGUUGAAGUAACUCAGGAGUUUCUUGAAUAUCAUGUGAAUGGAGAUGUGAGGAAGGGGCCCAUUUCAGAUAACUACUUAUUUACCCCAAAUGGAUCAGCUGUUGAAGAAUCAAAAGCAGUGGGACUGGAAGUUGUUUCUGGAAACCUAGUGAGAGAGAUCAGGCAAUAUUUUUACAGGAAUACAACCGCUCAGGAUUACAUGUAUGUAGCGUAUUCAAGAAUCUACAGUGUGCCAGGAGGUUAUGAUGAUAAGCUGCUUUGCCACAGGAUAGAGCAAGAAUACAGGGUUGGACCUUUGGAACUAAAUCGUGAGGCAAUCUUCAGAACAAGCACAAAUUUAAACACUAAGCAGACACUUCACACUGACAACAAUGGCUAUCAGAUGCAGAAGAGACCAUACAAGGUCUUUGUGAAUAAUAGCGUGGCUCGGAACUAUUAUCCUAUGGUCCAGACUGCCUACAUUGAGGAUGACCGCAUGAGGCUGAUUCUGCUUGCAGAAAGAUCUCAUGGUGUCUCAAGUCAAGGAAAUGGGCAAGUGGAGGUGAUGCUUCAUAGGAGACUGUGGAAUAACCUUGAGUGGGACCUGAAUUACAAUCUCACUUUGAAUGACACCUCAGUGGUUCGGCCAAUGUUCUGGCUCAUUUUAGGAACUAAGUCGGCCGCUGAUGUUCUGUAUCAGUCAAGUGCUCUGGCUUUAGAACACAGACCAGUUGUUAUGUAUGGAGAGCUAACAGACAAACCAAAGCUGUAUCGAGAACGUCAUUCUGUUCAGAGAGAUCCUGUAACCCUCCCAGCUAACCUACAUCUCCAGACUCUAAGCAUUCCUGGGUGGACAUACAGCUCCAAUCACACUGAGCAGCUACAGAAUAUUUACAAAGGUAUACGAAAGCAAGAGGAUGCAGACUUCAGACGUGUACUUCUAAGAAUCAGGCAUAUGUAUGAAGUGGGAGAGGAUCCUGUGCUAUCACAGCCUGCAACAGUGAAUCUAAAAUCUCUGCUGAAAGGGUUGGGAACAGUGGAGUUGGUGGAAGAGCGGUCGCUCACAGGAACCUGGGACAUAAACACUUUGGAGCGAUGGAAAUGGAAAUCAGCACAACAUAUAAGCAAAGCAAGUGGUACCAAUGAAUUAACAAUCAGUCAGACACCAUCAGAAAUUAAGGUAUCCACUGGAAUGUCAGCUGAAAUUACCUGUUCCUGGAAAAACAAUGAGAUGGUUCAGCGGUUUAGAGUAACCUGGAAAACAGAACAUCUCACCUGUAAAGAGGGCAUCAACAGAGAGCUAUCAUCAAAACUUUACUACACAGCCAAUGCCACACACAAGGAUAAGACAGUGUUAAAGAUUGAAGCUGUGAAAAAAAACGACACUGGAACUUACUUCUGUGAGAUAACUACUGAAAUACCUUUCAUGAAAAAAGGGCUGGGAAAUGGAACAACUCUGAUUGUUGAAGAGAAAGAAGCUGGAUCAAUGGAAAACUAUCAUUUUAUGGCAAUUCUAGCCAUCUUUCCUUUCCUAAUAUCAGGCGGCUGUUUCUAUCUCUGUUACAAAAAGCAGCAGAACUCAAAAAACUCUGUUCCAGAGAGAAAGACCCAUGAGGAACAGACACUUCAGGUUACUGAAUUGGAUGAAGGAAAUGAGAUAAAUGAAGCAGAGGAGAGAAAGCCGUCUUCAUCAAACUCAUCAGAAUGGGCUAUUUCCACACUUUAUGAGUCCCUUGAUUAUUUUGCAAUGAAGCAAGAUGAAGAUAAAGAUCAAGACAACAAACACUCUGUCACUUUUGCAUCAAAUGCAGAAGAUUAGUAAAUCUCAUGACUAACGGCAGCAGCUGGGAAAUCUAGAAGAUUUGAGGAAAACAGCAAGGACCUUCAAUCCACUUUGACAUUCCAGAUUUGAAAGUUCAUGUAAUUAAUGAGAGACAGAUAAAACUGGCAAGGCCACUGAUUACAAUAGCAUAAUUUGCUUCUUGAUCUCCCAGUGUGCAACUGAAAUGCAGUGAAGUGUGUUUGCUUCUCCCUGGCACACCAUUGUGACAGUGAGGCAAGUAUGGUACGAGAAGUAAGGUUGGUUCAAAAUAAUGGAGAAAAGUAUUUUUGGUAUUGACUUUCAUGCAAAAUUCCUGGAGUCUUUUUUUGUUGCUGUUUAAAAAGUUUGAUAUCUCCCUGUUUACCUGAGGAUUUAUUGUCAUGUAGUGGUUUUUCUACCCCUAGUUCCCACUUCCUAGUGUGCAGGAGUAAACAUAAUGAUGUGCAAUCAUACUGUGAGCAUUUGCCAAACUCAGUACCAUUGAACCAUUAAAAGUGUUGCUUCAGGCAAUGGACAAUACAUGAUGGUUUACAGGAAGGUGGAGAAAAAACCCACACUGAUAAUCACCCAGAUAGUUGGGCAAUACUGUGCAUAGGAUGAAAUCCUUCCUGACCACUAAGGGGAAUCACCAGAUGCACUGAAGCUUGAGAUUUCAUUACCCUAUCUUAGCAUGAGUGAGUUUGCAGGACAGCAUGACAUCCUAUAUAGAAUAUGACAGUUAAUGUAUUAAGGAAGCUAGCUAGAGCCUUUCUCCUACGUAUGCUAAAUAUUAUCUCACAGUUUAAAUAUUAUACAUAAUAAAAGCUAAUUAUAACCCACUUUGUGGGGAUCAGAUUUGGGGUGCUGCAGGUUUUCUCCCACUCCAACAACCUCAAAAAUGAGCACUGAAAAAUUGUCCAAAAACUAAACACAAGAUUAAAAACUGACUUCCUAAGGAGGCAAACAUUAACAGCAAACAAACGCAGCGGCUAAUAUUUUAGGCUUAUUGAAAACAAGAGAAGGUGACUGAAACAUCAGCGUGUUUGUGUAGCAAUCUUUUUUGUCUGCUGUUAAGGUUCAUUCUGUGGACAGGUGGCCAAUGGAUUAUUUUCCCAACAGUGGGCACAGGUAAGCAGACUUCAUCAUUAUGUAAGAGAGUGCUGAUCCAGACAGUCCUGGAGGGUGCCAGCAAACACACUGGCUUUUCCAAACUGUCCAGGAAUGGCUCUGACACUAAAUGUUAUUCUGUAUCUUUUCAGUGAAUAUGGAAUGGGUUCCAAGUAUUUUCUGUGUGUAGCUAAAUGUGUUAAGUGAGAGAGACAGAGUGUCAAUUGGCAACAGUGCAUCUCUCUGUCUAUCAGUACAUCUAAAUCUAUCUGUAUUUAACUUGUAUGUAAAUAAAAUCAGAUUUUCUUAG